AAAAACACUUCAUUUUUAAUCUUCGAAACAAUGUCUGUUUAUUAUCAGUUUAACAUACCUUAACUUGCGCUAUAUAACGCAGAUAAACCUUUGCCAUUUUGUAUUUUGUAAGUGCUGUCUUAUAAGCAAAAAAUAUGAAGGCAGUUUCAGGGUUACUUUUAGUUGUUUUCAUGGCUCUAUCCUGGAGCUGUGGUGUAACAGGAUCCUUGGGAAAAGCCCAGGAAUGUUCGGGUUGUGCGGACGUGUACGAACCUGUUUGUGGCGUUAACGGAAAAGGAAACAGACUAACUUUCGGAAAUGCUUGUGAAGUGGACCAAUUGAAUUGCCUGGAAGAUCAGGAUUACCAAAUCGUCAGACCUGGCGUUUGUUCAAGAUCUGUAAAACCGUUCAUAAGGAAAUCCGGAGGACUAUUUUAAUACCGAUUACGAUGUGCUUCUAACAGUAUACAAGUUUUAUAUAAUUCACGAAGAUAAACGCAAUGACAACAACAAUUAAUAACAUAAAUUCGGAUUAGAAUAAAGUAUCUAACUUGUUUUUUCAUUUUCUUUUAUAUUAAUACAACAUUCAUGACUUU